GGUGGGGAAUAUCCCUUUCCUUCGUCUCUCCCCCUCCGGUCUUAGAGUGGUACAGACCAAAGAUUAGACAGUGCCGUUUUCCUGAGUUGUUACUAAUAGCUGAACCUAAAGCCUUGAAUUGGGGUUACGGCGGCGCGAUCUUCCCACUUUCUUAUUCCGGCUUGUUCUACAACCUGAGGCGAGCCUAGAUCUCUUAGCAAAUGCUGAAAAUGGCCUGCACAAUAGAAAAGAUCUUGACAGAUGCAAAGACAUUGCUGGAAAGGCUGAAAGAUCACGAUAACGCUGCCGAGUCUCUCAUUGAUCAGUCCACUAUGCUGCAUAAGAAAGUAGUAGCCAUGAAAGAAGCUGGCUCAACUCUUUCGCACAAGUAUCAAGAAGACGCAGCUGAAUUAAAGGAUCUCUCUAAAUACAAACCUCACAUUCUCUUAUCUCAGGAAAACACCCAGAUCAGAGAUCUGCAACAGGAAAAUAGAGAGCUAUGGAUCUCUUUGGAAGAACAUCAAGAUGCACUGGAGCUUAUUAUGAGCAAAUACAGAAAACAUAUGUUGCAGCUCAUGAUGAAAAGAAAAGAUGUGGAUUCGCAAUCCAUUUUGCAAGUACAUCAAACUCAGUCUGCGGAGAUUGAAAAUCAGAUUGACAUAAUCUGUGAAAUGGGAGAGGUUAUGAGAAAAGCAGUGAAUGUUGACAGUGAUCAGUAUUAUAAAAUACAAGAAAAGCUAGCACAGUUAGAGCUUGAAAAUAAAGAGUUACGAAAAUUAUUAUCAAUCAGUAAAGAAUCUGUUGAAGUGAGGCAAGAAUUACUUGAUGUUGCAACUCAAGCUACAAAACCUCAGUCCUGGAACAGUUGAUCCUGGAAAUUGGAAACUCUACUGCAGGAAUGAGUAUGCUUCCUCUCUGAGCUUUCCUUUAAUUCCCAUUUGUCUUCUCUUGGAAACCAUUCCAAGCCUGUUACUAUAUUGUAAAUUCUGUGCUUGGGGUGGGGAUAUUGUAAUGUCUUCUUUGAUUAAGAUUUGUUUUGCUUAAUCAUGCAGAAGAGUGAAAUAAAUGUUUUCUUUAGGUUACCCAUGAUUUUAGAAAUCUCAGUAGGAUACAGCAAGGAUCAUCUUAACUUUUCUAGUGUGAGCAAAUAACAUUAAAGUCAAGUCUUUUAGCAUGACUUAAAUUGCAUUGGAAUUCAGUUCUUAAAUAUAUUUAGGAUGCAACUAUUGUACAAAGCUUAGGCACUCCUACUAUUAAUGCUAGAAUUUUUGCUUCUAGCAUUGUUUUUGGUGCUGCUUUUAUUGUAUCAUUUAAAAAUAUACUGUCAUAUUACCUAUUUCUUAAUAUCAACAAAGUCACCCAGGGUCACCUUGUAGGGGAGUUAAAAUUUAGCAUAGAAAUUUAAUAAAUGAAAUAAAUAUCGAAAGUAACACACAAUGCCAAAGUGUUCUUUGAAUCCUCAUGCCUAUGACUAUUUCACACAGGAGAUGUCUCUGUGCGUUAUAACCAAGUCUGGUAUUUCUGCCUACCUAGAACGUUUAAUGGGUAUGAUAAUCCAUUAGGGGGAAUAACCUCAUUAGUUCUUUUUCUGUCUUUGUUAAUAUCUACUUGAUCAAGGAAUCUGUCUCUAAAUUUCUUAUAGCCACAUUAAGCCAAUGUGCAUGGAUGUCAGGAGGAAGAGAUACGUGAAAACAAGUCUGUUAUAUCCCAUAAAGAUUACUCUGUGUGUAGGCAUUUGCACAAAUAUGUCAUACAUAUUAUUCCUGUAAAAGAUAAGUUUACUGUUUUGCAAGCACCUGCCAAUAUUUUAAAAAUUAUUUUUCUUGAAAGAUCGAUGAUUGAAGAUAGAUAUGCCUAAUAUUUGUUAAUAUUGUUCUAAAGUAUACAAAUUAGAAAUGUUUCUUUUAAAAUUUCUUGGGUAUCCAUUCUCUGAUGGUAAAACAGAAUCUAUGAAAUGUAUACGUAUUGUGCACAUUUAUUUUUGCUGUCUUGGUUUAACUAAGUUUUAGGAAUAUAACUAAAUAGUCCAUUUAUGUCAUUUUGCGGUUUCCUUCUUGCCCCAUACGUUUGGUGGAAAGGAGUGAUAGGCUAAUUGAUCAUCUGGGGGUAUUUUCAGGUUUUCAUAUUGAAAAUUUUAUUUUAAAGGCUGAGCAGAUUAAAAAAAAAUUCUUAAAAUGUGGCCCCUAUUUGCAUAAUGCAAUCAACUGAACAAACUCAGUAUCUUUGCAAUGUUAUGCCUUAAAUAUAUGCCUUUGGUGCCGUCUUCAGAAUCAAUAAGCUCUUGUAAAUGAGCUGCAAUUUGCCCAGUCUUUGUAUAGGCUUUGGAUUAUUUUAAUAACUAUCCUGUAGGAUGUAAAUUUAAUUACCUACAGAGGUGCUGUACUAUUGUUUACCAUCUUAUCAGCCUAUUCUAUUCAGCAAAUUAAAAAUAUUAUCUUUACUUCAUCUUAUUAAAUAUGUAUAUCGGCUCAUUUAUUUCUUGAAAUAAAUGUUUUGAGGCAGUAUUGUGUGCUAAGGCUUUUUUGUACAGAGAAUUAUUUAUGGCAGAGGAUGAGGAACUAUUGGCCAUUUAGAUGUUGUUGUACAGCCCCAGCCAUUAUGGCUGGUAAUAGGAAUAUUAAAACUGCAGUUUUUCAACAUGAAAAGGGCCAUACAUUCUAUCUUCUUUGAUGUUUUUGGACAUAUUUUAAAUUUGACUGAUAUUUUCUGGUCAAAUUCUUGGACAUUAGAGUUAUAUGCUGUAUUCUCAGUUUGUAAAUUAAGUUUAAUAAAGAAAUGCUGUAGCUUCACAUUUCUGAAAAUGAUAUGUUGACUGUGAAUUGAAGACCGAUAGAAUAUUCCUCAAAUAAUGUGAUCAACUUGUAAAUUCUAGUUUGCAAGUAUAAAAGUAUUCUAGAUUCAUGUACUAUUUUAAUCCUGCUUUAUUUACCAAGCCAAAAACAAACAAGCCAUAUUAUAAUUUAGAGCAGAAAGAUUAUUCUUUCACAUGGCCACUAAUAAAUUCAUUGUUGCCUUA